AUGACUUGUGGAUCCUACUGUGGUGGCCGCGCCUUCAGCUGUGCCUCAGCCUGUGGGCCCAGGCCCGGCCGCUGCUGCAUCUCUGCAGCUCCCUACAGGGGCAUCUCCUGCUACCGCGGACUCUCAGGGGGCUUCGGCAGCCACAGCAUCUGCGGGGCCUUCCGCUCUGGCUCCUGUGGACGCAGCUUCGGGUACCGAUCUGGAGGCAUCUGCGGGCCCAGCCCACCCUGCAUCACCACAGUCUCUGUCAAUGAGAGCCUGCUCACACCCCUCAAUCUGGAGAUCGACCCCAAUGCUCAGUGUGUGAAGCAUGAGGAGAAGGAGCAGAUCAAGUGCCUUAACAGCAAGUUCGCGGCCUUCAUCGACAAGGUGCGCUUCCUGGAGCAGCAGAACAAGCUGCUGGAGACCAAGUGGCAGUUCUACCAGAACCGCAAGUGCUGUGAGAGCAACAUGGAGCCUCUGUUCGAGGGCUACAUCGAGACCCUGAGGCGGGAGGCUGAUUGUGUGGAGGCCGACAGCGGGAGGCUGGCUGCCGAGCUCAACCAUGCGCAGGAGUCCAUGGAGGGCUACAAGAAGAGGUACGAGGAGGAAGUUUCUCUGAGAGCUACAGCUGAGAAUGAGUUUGUGGCUCUGAAGAAGGAUGUGGACUGUGCCUACCUGCGCAAGUCAGACCUGGAGGCCAACGCAGAGGCGCUGACCCAGGAGAUCGACUUCCUGAGGCGACUGUAUGAGGAGGUGAGGGCAGCAGCCAGAAUAAUCCAGAGGCUGACUGCUGAGAACGAGAAUGCCAAGUGCCAGAACACCAAGCUGGAGGCUGCCGUGACCCAGUCUGAACAGCAGGGAGAGGCUGCCCUCGCUGAUGCCCGCUGCAAGCUGGCUGAGCUGGAGGGUGCCCUGCAGAAGGCCAAGCAGGACAUGGCCUGCCUGCUCAAGGAGUACCAGGAGGUGAUGAACUCCAAGCUGGCGCUGGACAUUGAGAUCACCACCUACAGGCGCCUGCUGGAGGGCGAGGAGCAGAGGUUGUGUGAGGGCGUUGGCUCCGUGAAUGUGUGCGUGAGCAGCUCCCGCGGUGGCGUCGUCUGUGGCGAUCUCUGCGUCUCUGGUACUGCCCCUGCUGUCAACACAAGAGUGUGCAGCGCCCCCUGCAACGGAAACGUGGUGGUGGGCACCCCCAAUGCCUGCGCCCCCUGCGCAGGGGCAGGCUCCUGCAGCGGAGGCUGUAAGAAGUGCUAG